UAAAGUUUCUGACGAAAUCCUCUUGUGAAAAGCGGGCAAGUGAGUAGCCGUACAAGGAAAUGAAACAACGAUUGAGAAAAGAGGAGAAAGCGAAAUAAUAMCGAAAUAAUAUAUUUAGUUGAUAUCUAGAUAAGACUAUUAUUUGUCUUACGGUGGCAUUCGAUUAGGUUCAUUGUAGCGAGUGAAUAUAUAGUCCGUUCGUUGAAGUCUCUUUUUCAGAUCACUGAUUGUGGCGCAAAACCUCCAUUGGUUAGUGCUAGUAGCUAACUUAGUUUAAGUUCUAGUUACGUGCUGGAAUUCAACCAGCUUUUUCUCCAGGCAAGACCAAAAUGGCUUUAAUAUCAUCGUUUCACCUGGAUUUAUCCCUAUGUUAUGACUCGUCAAGUCUCUGCUCCGUUUCUACCGUCACGACCGCUGUUUUUACGAAUCUUACUGCUCGAAAGAAUAUGAGAGUCGCGGACAACAUGGACGAUGCUAUUCAGAAACCAAAGGAGAGCUAACCGGUAUGCUAUUGCUAGCCUUCUGUAAUGGAUAAGYGACCGUAAUGGAAUUUUCACUGAUCUGAAAUGCACACCAAGUUACUAGUUAAAUUAUCAGAUUUGUCGCUAACAACAACUGCCAACGAAACGAACAGAAUCUCAAAUCAAGAUAACGUCGUUUGUUACCGAGCAUAUUAACAGCUGUGAAAACUAGCUACCAAGUUACAAGUUCUUGCUAUCCUUGAUUGCCAGACCUAAGUUUGGUCGUAAUGAACUCUCAAGCUAACGUUAGUUGUUUCAUAACAACGUGUUAACAUUGUCCUGGACGUGUACUUAACUUAGUUAGCUAGCUACAGUAACGUUAGCUAACCAAAACGCUUACAUAUUACAUUUAAGUCAUUUAGCAGACGCUCUUAUCCAGAGCGACUUACAUGCUUAGACAAACUGCACAACAGCCAGCAGUCAAUUAGUAUUCCUUAUUAAAACUAGUAAUUUAGUUAUCUUGCAUAGCGACAAUUUGUUUGCCACAAGCCAGUAUUACGAAUGUUUAGGAACAUGAAUCGCGGGGAAUACUCUUCUGGGGUGCAGACCCCAUCCACUGCCGCAGGGCAUGUAGUGGCCUCUCUCCGGCAACCAAACCAGAACAGCUCGUUGAUGGGCAUGUUCUCCGUGAUUUCUAGGCCUGCCUUGUCAUUUCUGCAAAAUUAUUUACCAGGGCGCCCUCGYAAUCCUGCCCUGGCCGACAGUGUGUCAGGGUGGGUCAGUUGGGAUUUKAACCAGAACUUUGUAGAGGCAGAAAGUGCGUUUUUAGGACAACUGGAUGACAUAUUCCCUGGAACUCCGCACCAUGCACACCACCUACCGUACCUGCAAUACCAGCAUGGGCUACCAGCGUCAGGUUAUAGUAGUAUGAAUUGGUUGACAGCAGAUUCUCUUAGCGAGUUAGGGAUUCGAAAUMCUGCUGAAAUGGACUUACAUUUAAGGCAAACUCCGGUAGGAUACCUCGCAACCGGUUUUCUCAGUAAAGUUUUGUUGAACGCAGSGUCGUCUCAGGAAAUUAAACACACCGAGCAAGGGCACGUCCUUGGCGGGGAUAGUUUUUCAUCAGACGCGGUGACAGCCAGGGCAAAGAGUAGUACCGCUAGUAAAUGGUGGGGCGGGCUUUGGGGAACCGAUGACAGUGCUCAWGGGUUGCUGUUAAAUUUGUCGUCGAGCAAAGAGAGGACUGUGGAAAACAAUCACAACCGCAACGUCCAUUGUCGUCAACCAGAGUGUGGCACAAAGGCCGCCGUUACCAUGCCAACAGAGCUGUUUGUACAGUGCAAUGAUGGCGAAAGGACUGGACCCUUCUGCCACAAAGAGGAGCCAACGGACAAUGGAAGCCUUCAAAUGGCCACCCGGACAGAAUCUCUCCCUAGCCCUGAUGUUCUCCCCUUAGAUCACCGGGAAACAGUCUGUACCAGAAGUCAUAUUGUCAGUGUUGCAGCUGUCACUGCCUUCAGUGAGUUGUCAGCUCUCACCCCUGACCAGGAUAAUGGCUAUUCCAGUCUGGAAGAAGAACACUCUACCUCCAGACUGUACAUGUUGAGGCUUCCCUGUGAAGAGCUACAGGGGAUCACAGAGAGAAAAGAGACCGACACACCAACACAGGGGAGCUCUGGUAAGAGGGAGCCGGAGAGAGAAUUGGGUGAGACGGCCUUCACAGGAGGGAUGGAAGGGGAGGAGGAGGUUGAGGACCCGGACGUCACAGACUCUGAGGAAGAGGAAACGGCGUCCGCUUGGCCCCCCUCCACACCGUGCAGUAACAAGGCUAUCGCCUACAUCAUGGGCAGCCCCUGCAGUGAUGACAGCCAAUCAGACGACUCGCUCAGCGAGGAUGACGAUGGUUUCGACGGCUCGUCACAAUUCUCAGAUUCCGAGGUGCUGGAUGAAGAUGAGGAGGAUGCAUCUGAUUCCGAGCGGCCAGACUCGGAAACGGAGAGACUGUGGACCUCACUGUGCCAAAGCAGGGAUCCRUAUAACCCCCAAAACUUUACCGCCCCCCUCCUCACCAGCCCUAGAACCGUCCUGUCCACCUCUACAGCCACAGCAGCCUGCUCCCUUGAAGCCUCACCUCCAGAGCAACCCCCCUCUCCCUUCUCCUCCUCUCCCGCGGAGGAGUUUGGCUCUGGGGAUGAGUCCAGUAGCAGUGAGGUGGAUGAGGCUGAGAGCCUGAGACUGUGGAACUCCUUCAGCUCCUCCUCAGACCCCUACAGCCCUUUCAACUUCCAGGUCCCGCUCAGGACUAGAGAUACGACAGAGGCAGGUGCAGGGACAGGGGCACGCUGUAAGAGGAGCAGCAAGACAACCCCAUGCUCCCCCCGUCAUGAACAGGGACAGAGCCACUCGCCUCCCCAGUACAAGAAAGAGGCAGCAGAGGAGAGGCUAGACAGUGGCUUCUCAGAGACCCUCUCCUUCCCAGAGACCACCACCAUGGGCUGUGUCACAAUAAAAAAGGUGUGUUUCUGUGACACGGUGGAGGAGUUCUACGCCAGCGAGGACGACGAGGACCGGUGCGGGCCGUGGGAGGAGCUAGCCAGAGACCGCGCUCGUUUCCUCCGGCGCGUUCAGGAUGUGGAGGACGACAUCGGCUACGUCCUCAGCACUACCUUCCGCGUAGCCGUCUACCAGAGACUACAGCACCACAGCUGAUCCUCACCCCUGACCUCUGACCCCUAAUGUCCUACKACACUUCUGAUCAUCUGUCUUGUCUCUCUGUGACCCCUGUAGCACCAGUCCCAUCUUCAACAGAAUGCAUCAGAACUUCUAAGUCAUGCUUCAUCCCCUUCCCUGUCGACCCCCAACCCUCAUCUUCAACCUGGGUGUGUAGAAAAGAUUACAUCAGAGCGGUUGAGAACCUCCAUCCCUCCUCAUCCCCCCCUUACUGUCAGUCUGGAGUGUUGGGGAAGAUGUGAUUAAAGACUUGCCCCCUCUCUUCACUGCCAUCUUCCUGAUCGUUUGCUGUUUUUCUUUAACCUCAGUGGAGUGAUGACCUAAUGUAUGAUGUGAUUCAGGAUGACUGCUAACUAGGAGGUGUGCUGGUAAUGUAAAGGUAUAAGGGCUUGCUGGUUCCAGUGGGAGAAACUCAGUCGAACACAGAGCAGGUCUUCUGCUGGGCUGUGUGCUCAGUAACCUGACUGAAACGCAGAACUCUGCACUUCAGCCAAGACUGUUUCUUUUAGUUUUAAAAUUGCUUCGAUUUUUAUUUUAUUUUUCCCCGUUGGGUUUACUGAACCUUUCCGUGUUGCGCCGGGCUUCUCUCUCUGACGCGUGCUAUCUGGGUCUCUGCCUGGUAGUGUUCUGUUCCAUGUUAACCUGAUCCCUGGCCCUGCCUACUGUCGUGUUCAGUAUUUAAGAUGUUCAGUAUGAUCCCCCUGAGCACCCAUAGCCAAAUGUCACACUGCUCCCCGGAGCUGAAUCGGGUUUGUUAAGAGCUUUUGGAAAACAAACCUGGUUUGAAAUAACAGAAGAAAAAAUWAAUCAUUCAAUGCUUCCUGUAAGCCAUAACGAGCAGAGUACCCGGAUGUUGAAAGUGUUCUAUUUGAUCAUAAGCGGAGUGUGUAAACCUACAGUAUGUUAACGUGUAAAGCUUCUAUACUGUAUUGAUGGUAAAGUGUUGAAACCAAGCCUCUGUUGAUGUGGGCUCUUCCUGGUUUCGUUCAUUAGCCAUUGACUUCAGUUCUAUCCGAUGUAUUAUUAGCUAACUGCAAAGWUAACCCACCUCUGCCCUCUGUUGGCUCUUCCUGUAUUUACACCUGUAGAUUUCCUCAUAACAGCCCACAGUAUGAAGACACUAACCAUCAUAGAACAGACAAUAGCAUUGCUCUGCUUGUGGCCUAUCCAGUAAUGUACAAGGCAAGAUUUAAAAAAAUAUAUAUAUUUUUUUUUCUCUGGCUGCUAGCAAACAAUCAGUAAAGGCUGAAGUGAAUMCUUAUGGGUAAGGGUGAAAUGAUUUGCAUGAUCCUUGCAUCUUUAGUGGCGUCCUCGUCUACCUCCCUUAGUCAUCACUCUGUGGUUUCCUCUAACAAAACAAUAUUGCUUUAAUCUGUUUACAGUUUGCACCAAUGGGUUUCCUUCAAUACUGUGUUUCCCUUCUCCAGAGCUUGCAUCCAUCAGUGGUCAUCUAGGAAAGGAGACGAGGAAAGCAAGCGCUCUACGACAUCUCCAUUUAUAGAUGACCUAUCCCCACUAUUUAUUAACCCUGUAAUGCCUGUACAGACCCAGUGUUGUGUUACUCAUUUUGAGGUGUUCAUUUCUCCUAUGUGGCUGAAAGGGUUCGUCGCUGGUGUGACCAGGUUGGAAAGAAAGCAGGGAUGUGAAAAUGCAUGUUGUUCUGAAGUGAUUCUCAGUAUCACGGAGAAAAUAAAAUAUAUAAAAGAUG